ACCACCCUUUGAACAAGCCAAGCCAGCUACUAUCAAUCACCACAAGAAAAAGGGAAAAAAAAGUGGCCAAAUUAAAGCCCAACUCUUGGAGCAAACUCAAGCUCCAACAAUGGCAGAAGAUCAUCAAGAAAUAGCUCCCAUUCCUAGAGUGAUCACCUUCCUCUCCUCCCUUCUGCAGCGGGUUUCGGAGUCGAACGACGACGGGGGCCAAGCUCCGAAGAUCUCGGCCUUCCACGGCCUCACCCGACCCGCCAUAUCGAUCCAUAGCUACCUACAGAGGAUCUUCAAGUAUGCAAAUUGCAGCCCAAGUUGCUUUGUGGUGGCYUAUGUGUACCUUGAUCGCUUUGUUCAGCAGCACCCUUCUUUGCCUAUUGAUUCCUUCAAUGUUCAUAGGCUCCUCAUUACUAGYGUUCUCSUCUCUGCCAAGUUCUUGGAUGACUUGUAUUACAAUAAUGCCUACUAUGCCAAAGUGGGUGGAAUAAGCACCAUGGAAAUGAACCUUCUUGAAGUGGAUUUCUUAUUUGGUUUGGGAUUCCAAUUGAAUGUGACACCAAACACYUUCCACACCUAUUGCUCUUAUCUCCAAACAGAAAUGUUACUAACACAACCAAAUCUUCAAACCAAAACGCUCCUAAAAUUUCGUCCAUUCGUCGAAGAUGAAACAUCUCAUCAACGACAAUUGACUGUCUAAAUCAAAUCGAAAUCACUAAGAGUGAUUGUCUCCAAUUGAAAUCAUUAAAAAUAAUCGCUGCAAUGYGACUUCCACUUUCAUGAUCGUUAGAUACAUGAUCAGAAGAUAUCUUCUUUUGUUUCUACUAUAUGAAUCUAACGGUUAUAAAAGUGAUAGUCACGUUGAAUGAUUUUUCAAGGAUGAACUUAUCUUUUGUGUUAUCUCAAGUGGGUAUCGAACCUUUUCAGAGGUUAAUGUGAGCUUUUUAUCUCAAGCUUUUUGGGGUCAAAGUAAAGAGAAUGAAAUUCUCCCACAUGGGUUUUUGAUUUAUCACCCUAAUUUCACUCCCUUGUAGUCUUUGGACAUUUUUGCCCUCUAUGUCUAUUGUGUAGAAUUGUUUUUUUUUUUUUUUGAUUUGUAAUUAGUAUAGGUUACCUUGAUGUUUUUACAAGUGAUUUGUAAGUAAUUAAGAUCUUGUGUUUUGUUCCAAUAGUCCACCUAAAUUAGCACUUUCAAAUAA